UGUUCCCAUUUCUCAAUUCCCAAGUUCUUUCUGAAACAUAGAGAGAAGCAAGCAAUAUGGGUGUUACAGGAGGAUUAGUCAGAAGCAUUUUCUUCAGAAACAAAUCAUUUGGAGCUCAUGACUACAACAAUGGAAGAAGCAAUCUUGGAGAGAAGAAACGAUGGAGCUCGGUUAGAUCGUACCUUUGCGGAGAUGAAUUCAACUCUGUUCUCGCUGUGGAUGAUUCAGGAUCGGUCAAGGAUUCUGAUGCUCUGUUUACAAUGUCUCAGCAUCUGAGUUCAGAGUUGAGUGUACCUUUUGGUUCGGUUAUCGCAAUUGAAGAUUCAGCUUCUGCGAAGCGUUUGGAGGAUGAGGACUCUGUUUCCGUUAAGAGCUCUGAGGCAACAGUGACUCAACCUUUACUGGAGGAGAAAUCAAAAGUACUGGAUUGUUACGUAAAAGAAGAUGAUGUUGAUAACCAAAGCGAAGCAACAGAGACACACAUACCCAAGAGGCAUCAGACAACUCCAAUAGGCAAGCUGUUCCUCGAAGAAGAUGCUGCAGUCAUAAUUCAGUCAGCAUUCAGGAGUUACCUGGCAAUACGUCGGAGCAAAGAAGAAGAGGAAACAUUUGCUAAGGAGGAGAGCUUCUCAGGAGAGGAAUCUCAAGGCAAUGCAUCCAUGGGGACGUCACUAGAAGCUCAGACAAGUAAUUCCGUGAAAGCACCGUUUUUCAAGAGAAAACGAGUAUCUGCAAAUCGAAGAUCACUACAGAUGGGUAACACUCAAGUUCUGAGGAUAAAGGAAGACUGGGAUGAUAGCACAGUGAGCAGCACCAUAUCAAAGUCGAGGAUUCAAAGCAGAAUCGAAGCAAUGACAAAACGGGAGAGAGCACUUGCUUAUGCAUUUUCACAGCAGCUAAGAAUUUGCUCAAAGAAGAAGCAAAUGGAUCGUAGCAGUGAGGACGAUUCUAACAUUGGUUGGAGUUGGCUAGAACGCUGGAUGGCAACCCGUGUACCAGACAGCAUUCCAAUUGAACCGAGAACAAACAUUCAGACAGAUGUUGCAACGAAAAAUCAAAGAUUGAUAAGAAAGAAUAGAUCAUUUGGUAUAGCUGGCGAGUUGGAGAGCUGUGCUUCCAACGAUUUACCUCUCCAGUUUGAAAGCAUAUCAGAGACACAAGAAGAUGAAACUAAAGCUUUGCAGACCGAAAAGAGCAGUCUAAGAGCGAGCAUAUCAAAGCGUAAAACUGUUCCAAGCUACAAAAGCCAGAGAAGGCAUAACAGGCUUCAGGUAACCAAAAGUGAUCUGCAACAACAGACAAAGAAAGCUAAGAAGGCCCAGACCACACCCUCAAGCUGCAAAACAGGAAACGAAUGCGAAGAAACCUCACAGAAGCUAAGUAGCAGCAAAUAAUCAUUACCUGUAAAUCUUUGCAUUUAAAUAACCUGUAUUUCACAAA